AAUGGAUUGCUUGUUUUGUUAUCCACAUUUUAAGGCCAAUAAGUUUCUUCAGAUCAACACAUACAAUAAUAUCAGCAGUUAGGCCAGAAAUUCGCAGCACAAAAAUAAUGGAAGGGUUUAACAUGAAGAAAGAUCGCAGAAUAGUAGUUGCAGUGGAUGAGAGCAAGGAAAGCAUGCACGCUCUCUCAUGGUGUCUUACUAAUCUCGUCACUCCCAAUUCAAAUUGCUCUUUAGUCCUUCUCUACGUUAAGCCUCCACCUCCUGUCUAUUCUGCCUUCGACGCUGCAGGUUACAUGUUUUCCGGCGAUGUAAUUUCUGCCAUGGAAAAAUAUAGCAAGGAAUUGGUGAAUUCUGUCAUGGAACGAGCAGAAACUGUCUACAGGAACUUCAAUAACAAUGUGAAAGUGGAGAGAGUAGUUGGGAGUGGAGAAGCAAAGGAUGUGAUAUGUAAUACAGUAGAGAAACUUGGAGCUGACAUUCUGGUUAUGGGAAGUCAUGGUUAUGGUUUCUUGAAGAGGGCUCUGCUUGGAAGUGUAAGUGACUACUGUGCUAAACAUGUAAAAUGUCCAGUUGUGAUUGUGAAGCACUAAGAAGAGAGAUUAAUUUAGUUUCUGCCAUUUUUAGUAUAUGAUUGAGGGGGAUCAUGGUUAUUGCCAGCUUGUAGCUACCAUGUAUAUACUGUUUAAUCAUGUUUCUAUAUAAUUCGUACUUGGGUUUUUGCAUAGUUAAA